UGAAGCUUUUGAAGUAUGAUUCUUCGUGUGAUUAACUCUCACUAUUCACUUCUUAUGCUUCUAAUUUGCUUUCUCUUAGCUUCUUCCAUAAACAGAGCUCUCAGUUCCGGCGUUAUUCAUGUCAAGUACAAAUUCGCCGGCAGUCAACGCUCAAUCGUUGACUUAAAAGUCCACGAUAGCCUUCGUCAACUUCGAAUUCUCACCGGCGUUGAUCUUCCCUUGGGCGGUUCCGGUCGGCCCAACGGACUUGGACUUUAUUACGCUAGAAUUGGGAUAGGAACACCUUCAAAACAUUACUAUCUGCAAGUAGAUACAGGAAGUGAUAUAAUGUGGGUUAAUUGUAUUCAAUGCGAAGAAUGCCCCAAAAGAAGCUCUCUUGGUAUAGACCUUACUUUGUACAAUAUUGAGGAUUCUGCCUCUGGCAAGUUGGUUUCAUGUGAUCAAGAUUUUUGUUAUGCUAUAAAUGGAGGUCUGUUGGCCGGUUGUAUAGCUAAUAUGUCUUGUCCAUAUCUUGAGAUAUAUGGAGAUGGGAGUUCCACUGCUGGAUACUUUGUAAAUGAUACUGUGCUAUAUGAUCUAGUGUCUGGCGAUCUGGAGACCUCAUCUGCAAAUGGAAGUGUUAUAUUUGGGUGUGGUGCUACACAAUCAGGGAAUCUUGGCUCAUCUAAUGAAGAAGCACUUGAUGGAAUUCUUGGUUUUGGAAAAGCUAAUUCAUCAAUGAUUUCCCAGCUUGCUGCAUCUGGAAAAGUUAAAAAUAUGUUUGCUCACUGCUUGGAUGGAGUUAAUGGAGGAGGUAUCUUUGCUAUUGGGCAUGUUGUGCGGCCAAAAGUUAACAUGACUCCUUUGGUACCAAAUCAGCCACAUUACAAUGUCAAUAUGACAGCAAUUCAAGUUGGUCAUGAUUUCCUAAAUUUUACGGCAGAUAUGUUCGAUUCAGCAGACCGAAAAGGGACAAUAAUAGACAGUGGAACAACCUUAGCAUAUCUCCCGGAAAUGGUUUAUGAACCGUUAGUUAAUGAGAUACUUUCUCAGCAGCCUCAGUUGAAGCUUCAAACUGUUCAAGAUGAAUAUACAUGUUUUCAGUACUCCAAGAGUCUUGAUGAGGCAUUUCCAAAUGUCACUUUCCAUUUUGCAAAUUCAGUUACUCUGAAGGUGAAUCCACAUGAGUACCUGUUCCCCUAUAGUGGAUUGUGGUGCAUUGGAUGGCAAAACAGUGGAUUGCAAUCUAGGGAUAGGAAGAAUAUGACCCUCUUGGGUGAUUUGGUGCUUUCAAACAAGCUCGUUGUGUAUGAUUUGGAAAAUCAGGCCAUUGGAUGGACCGAGUACAAUUGCUCUUCAAGCAUACAAGUGCUGGACGAAAGGACCGGAACGGUGCAUCUAGUAGGUUCCCACUAUAUUUCUUCUGCUUGCCAUUCAAAGGCCAGGUUUAUUAUGAUUUUGAUCAUGCUAGCUACGCUACUGCACUUCUUUUCGAGCUGCUAGUAAAACCGUAGACGACUAACAAUGAAUUUAAGAUAAAAAGGAAUUAAAUAUAAAAUCGAAAUCGAGUUGUUCAUCUCAAUAUGGUUUGUUGAAUGAUUAACAUGAUAGAAUAGAAUUCCAUUUAAAAAGUAAAUGAUAGCAUAGCAAUAGCAUACAUAACUUGUACAUGUAUGUGUAUACAUAGGACAACAAACUGGGAUAAAGCAAUUGUAGCACAUUAACUAUUGUUCAAUUAUUGCAUAUUCCGAUCAAUG